GUUUCUGCACAUCUCUCUCUCCCAAACCCUUUUCCUUCAUCCAUCUAAAGCCCUUUCUUCCUCUCUUUUUCUCCUCCACUCUCUAUAUCUCUUUCCCAGUCUACGUGUGUACCCAGCAGACUCCUCCUCCUUAAGUCCCAGCUUGGUUUGUUUCUCUGAGUUCUUUUAGACUGAAGCCACCGCUGAACUGUUCUGAACUCCACUGUCAGAGAUCACUUUACAACCAGAGAGUUUCGGCCCAGCCUCACACACUAAAACAGAAUGCCUUUGGGAGGAGGAAAUAAGUGUGGCUGCUGCCAGAAGACUGUGUACUUUGCUGAGGAAGUGCAGUGCGAAGGGAAAUAUUUCCACAAGUCCUGCUUUCUGUGCAUGGCAUGUAAGAAGAACCUGGACAGCACAACGGUGGCCUGCCAUGUGGAUGAGAUCUACUGCAAAUCCUGCUACGGCAAGAAGUAUGGGCCAAAAGGCUAUGGAUUUGGUGGGGGAGCAGGCACCCUGAGCAUGGACACGGGGGCACAUCUUGGAAUCAGACCUGAAGAGCCUGCAGCCCACCGCCCCACCAACAACCCCAACGCCUCCAAGUUGGCCACCAAGUUUGGCAGCUCAGACGUGUGCCCACGCUGUGCCAAGGCUGUGUACUCUGCUGAGAAGGUGCUCGGAGGUGGAAACUCCUGGCACAAGAGCUGCUUCCGCUGUAGCAAAUGUGGGAAGGGGCUGGAAUCAACCACUGUGGCUGACAAAGAUGGAGAAAUCUACUGUAAAGCAUGUUAUGCCAAGAACUUUGGUCCCAAGGGCUUCGGGUUCGGCCAGGGGGCAGGAGCUCUGGCACAUGCUCAGUAGAGCUCAGGCCUCGUCAGACAGACUCCCAAACAUUUGGACUGUAAAUCCCAGGAUUCCCCAGUCAACCUCUAUUUAAUCCUGCCGUCUCAUUCCAGCUACUGUCAUAGAGGCUCAAUAGCAACACACAGUGCACAGCUUACCUAUGUGCUUACCUUACCAGCAGAGUUAGCUGCUGCUGUUUUUUCUCUAAGGUUUGGCAUUGAGGAGGUUAAUAAUCUGCAUGAGACAUUUUUUGUAACCUUUAUGAGAGAACUAAGACUUUACAGUGUAUUCAUUUUGACCUAAUAAACUCCAACCACAAGAGCA